AUGAACAGAUCAAAAAUUUUAGUAAAAGAUUUAAACCUAGCAAAAAAUAAAAAAUUAGAACUGGUGGGAAUAUGCAUAAAAGAUAACAAUACUAAUUUUUUAUUUUUAGAUUAUUCUGGAGAAAUAGAAAUAUAUAAAAAUAAUGAAUUGAAAUUUCCAGAGAAAAGAAUAAAAAUAUAUUGUACUACAUUUUUAAAAAAUAAAAAAAUAUUUUUAUAUUGCACAGGAUAUAAAACUAUAGAUUUAUAUGAAUCUAUUUUUUUUACAAUUGAGAGUGUAAAUUUUAACAAGCAUUAUAUAAAAAAUCAUAAAAAAUAA